AACACGUCAAUAAAGGAAAGGAAAAGACACCGUCCGUGGCUGUAGUAUCCUUGUUUGCAAAACUUGAAGAAUACUAUGGAAUCGCGAUGUCAAUGCAGCAAAAAACAUUAUGGCUUAUCAGCAUUUCGAAUUGGAAAAACAACAUCUCAGUUCUUUUCCUAUUAUUGGCAGAACGAAAUUGGCUCGAUUUUUGCAGGUGAGCAUCUCCAUUUUAGUAUGGUUUGAUCUUCAAACUCCAACGCGUAUGAAUCAAAAAACUGGUUCGUUCCAUUGUUAUAUCGCAGCUUUAUCUAAUCCCGAAGCUAAAAAACUCUAUCAUGUUUACACAAAGAACUGUCGAACUGCCUUUUUAGUACGCGCUAAAGUUGUUCCAAGAAUGAUCUGUAUGAGUUGGAAAGCUGAAACAAACUGCAAUAGCCCGUUUCUGGGAUUAGAGUUUCAUAAAAAGUUCACUAUGUCAGUGAUACUCAUUGUAUUUUCUAGUAGUAGUAUUCAGCACAAAUACAAAAAUACCGGCCUUUGGUUUACACUUAAACGUGACGAUCAGUAUCAUAACAGAAAUGUUAUGUUCAAGCAUCAAUGAACAAUAAUAAUUUUUUCUGGGAAACAAAAAUAAUCUGAGUUUGGUAUGCCCGCGUGAGUGAAUGUAAGUGCCCCUUUUGUUGACCUUUUUGUUAAUUGUGGCGAAUUUCUGAAUCAAAUGAAAGUCCUUAUUUUUUCGAUUGACG